UGGAAGGGUAUCUCUAUUUUGAUAACCCUAAUUAUUGCACAUACCUUAAUGUGGGAAUGCUUUUAAUAAGUAAACUGUUGGCAAUAAUUUUAUCGCGUAAAUGUGGCAUUGGGAAAUUAGGCACUCGACAAAGGAUGCGUUUCUGUUUGGUGCUGCGCUAUCAAUCCAUCCCUCCCACUGCACGUAGGCUGGGUUUAUUCAUUUCACGCUUUCCCCCUCUUAUCUGAUCCACAUUCUCUGCACCCUCCCCACCCCCGAAGCGCAGCAUUUCGAAAGGGCUCUACAUCACGUAAUUCAGUACUGUACACGUCUUCCAGAAAAUUACAGAAGAGAUGCGCGUAUUUGGGGAACAUACUUCAGAGUUGCGCAUGCAAACAUACUGAAGGCUGUAACGAAUAAUACAUCGCGGAAUGCAAUUGGGUUCGCUUAUGAAAAUACGAUCAUGCAAAAUCACGGGUCAUUUCGGGUAUUUUGAAGAAUCUGUUGGAUAAAAGGUGUAUCGAAGGUAAGCAGAAGCCCACAAGCACACUCCUUUGUUAUCAACAUGGCUCUGAACACAAACAUGAACCCAGCCCCCGUCAUUUGGCCAGGCGAGGAACAGCCGUCCCUAUUGGACCAAGAUGCAUCAUUGUUAAGCCCAGCUCCCAUCAUCGCUGUGACUGUCACGUCCCCACCAGAGAUGGAGGAACAAGAGAUCCAUAGCACCACCACCAGCUUUGGGCCCUGCCUGAGCCAAGCCACGGCAGGGGAACUGGUCAUUGUGAUCAAUGAGAAAAUGGAGAACAGUAAUGGUAUUCACCCAGCCCCUGCUGACACCACCUCCUCAGUCAUCUCCUCACCUCCCAGAAGGCAGCAGUCCAUUUCUUACUCCCACCACCCCCACAACAGCAAGACCCGGAAGGGGAGUCGUGCCGGUUCCAUCGGCUACACCGCCUUCUCCCCACGGCCCUCCAUCUCACGCCACUCCAGCAUCGCCACCAACCCACCCAUUGACAGAGCCAAGCCUAAAGACUACCUAAUACUGGCUGUGCUGGCUUGCUUCUGCCCGGUCUGGCCAAUCAACAUUGUGGGGUUUGUCUACUCUGUUAUGUCCAAGAACAGUCUGGAGCAGGGCAACCUGGAUGGAGCUCGACGAUUGGGUCGUCUCGCCAGGAUGCUCUCUACAGUUUCACUGAUAGGAGGGACAGUCAUCAUCAUUGCCUGCAUUGUAAACCUGGCGAUAAAUGUGAAAUCCUGAGUAUCGUCUUGCCGUGAAACAGGAUCUAACAGUUGGAUAUCUGGAAACAGGACCCAUCUAGCUGACUGUUCCUUUUUACCGUCUCUUACAGUGUAGUCAUUAACUGGACAUGCUAUGAAUAUUAUACACCUGAUAUUACAUACCUUUCUAUAAUUGAUAUUACGUAAUCCUUUGUGAAUGAAAAAACGAUAUGCAAGAUGCUUCCGCUCCGAACUGCUCUGGGCUUCUCCAAUGAUGGAUCUUGCAGUGGAGAAACAGACGAUCGGAAUAAUCCCUUACUUUGUAUUCUGCCCAACACUGAACACUGUCCUUGACAAGGUGCCAUUACCUCAACCACUGGCCAUGAUCAGAGAGACCGACCAAAAAAUGAGAUGUGGUGAGAAAGGUUGACAACAACAGAAGAGAUUGUUUAAAGGAGGUGUGAUCCAUGUGAGAGAAACUGGGAGGAUUGUUUCAGAGCUUGAUUACCUACAAUCAUUGGAGGACAACAAAAUGUCUGCUUAGUCCAUCCUUCAUUCCCCUGACGAAAGGACACAUCAGAAAUUCAGCUUGGCAUAAAAUCCCAUCGGUACAUGAAGGUGCUUGAGGGAUUUGCCGUGCAAUAGAAACUCAAAGAAGAAAUUAAUUUCAGAGGAAGAAUACCCCUUUCAUUUCUGAAUAGGCUUAGAUUCUAGUUUCAGUCAGUGCAUAUCCUUCCUGUCUUUCAGGCUACUGUUAGCCAUUUUGUCAUUUAAGAGCGAGGGCAGGCGAGAAACGACACUCACCAACACACAACUGCUGAGAAGAUGGAAGGGAUCAAACAUUUCUUGGGCACGAAGCAAAGUCAAAGUAAAGGACACAAUUGUGCCAAAAAAAUAAAGUUGUCAUUGUGCUUUAAAGCUUUUGGUGACCGCAAUAUAUAUGUGUUUGGCUUAGGACCUGGAAAUAAUGUGAAAUGGAUACAAAAUGGGUGGCAGGAACACAAAAUGAUAUGUAAUUCAGUGACUUUAUAUCCAUUUUCCACACUGAGGAUGGGCCUUUAGACUGUUAAUGAAUGAGAGCAUUGCUGACCAGAGAAGUGGAAAAAUCUCAACAAAUCAUAGCAGGUUAUUUACAGCGUCCAUGAGAACGUGAAUCGGUGAAACUUUACUUCUUGUACCUUUUUGAUAAUGUUUUAGAUUUUAAACCACAAGUUUCAUCAUCUUAUGCUUUUGAAGUACAGAGCUAUCCAUGAUAGAUGGCCGUGGUGUGUGUGUGUCCAUAUGCAUAUACCAAAUUACAUAGUCACUGCACUGUUAUGGCUGGUCACAAUAAAUUGAAUUGCCAGUCUUCACUUUGGUGAUACUGGAAAUAUAGUAAGAACCCUGGGUAUCAAGUGUAUGGGGACCCAGAGAAUAUAAUCUGUAAUCUUUCCGAUUUAAUCAAGUGGGUAUCUGAUCCCCAUACUGAGUAUCUAGUGGUGGACUUUAAAGGGAAGGUUCAGUUCACUUGACAUUUUAAUUGGUUUAUUCACUUAAUUGUGUUGUCGAUUGAUCCAGGCAUUUAUGUGCAGGGUUCAGAUUUGUUUAAAUCGCCACAGCUAACUAGAAAACAAUGGAAGCAAAAGGGGGCAUUGUUGAUGGUAAAAAUGUUGUGGCCAAAUCAACUCGAAUGAAAUCAGUAGCCAGGUUUCCAUCCAUUUGGUGACAGAUUUUUCAUAAUCUGUUUACAGAAAAUUUGAAUAUUUUUCCACCAGUGGUGUGUUCCCACCAAACCGAAUUGCUGCGGAUACAAACCAGUGCGUGACGAUGUAGUGCACGCAAUUUGAUUUUUAAAUCUUAAUUCAAUGUGUUUCCAUUGCAUUUUUUAACUCGACCAAAAGUUUUGGCACAAACUGUUGCUUUUAAUAGCUCAUGUGCCUACUCUGGUUCUGGUACGUGCGCUCUAGCCAACAGAUCUCAGAUACAGUACAAAUAGACAAGUCUACAUGAGAUUAUUACGGAUAAGAGCAAGAAUAUUUUAUUUUUCUAACGGCAGUCAAGCAUCGAUCAUCAUGUCGUCUGAAUAAGACCCUGUAUUUAUUGGGAAGGAGUGUCAUCACCGAGUCUCAUCACCGUGAACGUUCACCACCCUGUGAAGUUAAUCAUAAUUUAUUUAAUCUAUAGCCUAAUAAACUGCAUGGUUUCCCCGAGUUGUAGUGGGAGCACCACACACCAUAUCAUCACGUGACUCCAAGUUUACUUUGAUAUGAUGGUUAUUAUAUCAAUAUUUGCGCCUAGUGUUAACACUGCAUAUUUAAUUUUACCGACACAAAAAGAUCCCACCACGUCGAACGAAAAACAUUCUGUCGGUAUUCAUCAAAUUGGACCGACACGUCAUGUUUCCGUCACAGCUGAAGUGAUUUUUAUAUCGAUACACAGUAUGACUUUACUCUCAUAACUGUGGAUGGUAACGUGUUUGAAGUUCCUUGAAGUGAUUUGUCCACAAAAUUCAAACAUGCAAAUUAUGCCCCUGUUACUCUUAUAGUGUUUUGCUUAGCGGUGGCUAAAAUAAAUUGUUUUACCCCGCAUUUAAAAUGUUGACUCAAUUUUCAAUCAUCAAAGCCGCAAUUAAGUGAAUAAAUUGAUGGAUGAAAAAAUAUAUAAUAAUGUUUUUUACAAUGUAUCUACCCUAGAAUCCAAGCAAAAUUUCUGGUUAGUAUCUACCUUUCAUUCCCACAACUUCUGUUGCCCAACACUUUUGAUGGGUAAUUAUUUAAAAUUGGAACUUUAAGUUAAAGGUAGAUGAAAUGACAUUGCCAUGAGCAGCAUCGCAAAUAUUGAUGAGCGAGAUGCAAGGCACUCACACGGUCACACACAGUAUAUGCACAUGUGCACGGAAGAGAAGUUGAGCCUCACACUUCAACGCUCUUAGUUGUUGCAGAAAUUGACCCACUACGCUGUUUACUUAAUGCAUCUGUCAUGCCUCUGAGUCUACCUUUAAUUUAGAUACUACUAUGCCUUGACCUCAGUCCAUCAACAUCAAUUCCUACCCUAAUGCAAAUUUUCUGUAUGAUUUAAUAUAUUAGGCAUUUUUCCCCUCUGUUAGUGUUUAGAUGUUAAAACUAAUUGUAAUCAAAAGUUGAUAUUAUUCUGCAGAUAAGGUAACGUAUAUAUUGUGGCGUCUUCAUAGUUAUGAGUUAACAUUAUAGCUCUUGUAAUGUGGACAGGAGAGGUAGUCUGCUAGUCUUUGUUAGUCUUUAUUAGUCUUUGUAUUACCAUUGGCUACUAUAAUCUAUGUGGAUAUUGGCAUGUUGUUGAUUUUCAUUGAUGUAUGACAAUUUUACAGAAGUACAACCAAAAUCACAUGGAUAAGAAAACCUGGCACUAGAGAUACUUGUAUCCUUCCAAGGCACAUUCUUAAUAAAGACACAUUGCAUGAAAA